UACGUGACGCGUUCAUCCUCUGAUGAAUCGACUCCACCUUCAUCUACAUGGGAGUACACACCAACACCUUCAAAUGUGCAACAACCUUCUUCAACAAGAAUACACCUGGAACCACCAACUACAAGAGGACACAUGGAACCACCUACUUCAGGAGGUUAUGUAUCACCGCCUCCGUUACCCUCACAAGAAAAUGAUAUUACACCAGUUUAUAUAAACACCCCUACUCGUUCUUCGACUACCCACAACUGCAGAGGUGGACAUACGGCGCACCGUAACUCCACGGGGACGAUACGGACACCAGGUGUUGCAGAAGAGGACCUAUCACCUGCGUCUGAACCAACGUCAAUAGCCACUUCUCCUGCACAUAAGAAAGCUAAGUCAUUAACGACUUCACAUUUGCGGUGUAAUCAUAUAAUCUUAAACAACUCAACAUUAAAAAAAUACCCGAAUGGGUCUGUAGCUGUGAAAGGUGGUCGUGUAUUAAAUGAAAGUGACUUCAUCCUCACAUCAACUGGACAUCUAAAAGUAUGCGUGACAGCUCUUGGUUCACAAGGUUCAAGCAAAAAUGAAAAGUUUAAAAUUGAUCUUAAUCGCCCAACAGUGGUGUUGACGAACAUAUGUCUGGUGUCUAGCCAGGUGUUCCUGCUUCUCACUUUCAUCUUUCACUGCUUCUUCCCCAACCUCGGGAAUCUGCCUGGCGUGAUUCUCAUGUUCCUGUCGGCAUCUCUGUUUCUGGCACAUGCAACCUUCUUCUUUGGGAGUGCCCAAGCAUACAAUCGUACAACCUGUAUUGCUAUUGGUGCAGUCAUCCACUUCUUCUGGCUUGCAUCCUUCUGUUGGCUUAACAUCUCUUCUUUCCACACAUUCAGAGUCUUUAGAGACGUAUUUUCGUCUCGUAGUUUUGAAUCCAACAAGAAGAGAAUUAUCCUCAAAUACUGCAUCUUUGGCUUUGGUACUCCAGCUGCUGUUGUUGCGACAACGAUGACAGCAAACUAUUUCGUCUCUGGGUCUGUGUCUUUCGGGUAUGCAGAUACAUCAAACUUCUGCUUCGUCUCAAAUGGAACUAACGGCAUUGUUGGGCUGUUGGUCCCAGCAGGAAUGACCAUCUUGGUCAGUUUCACCCUCUUCACUUUGACCGUCGUUUACCUAUGUAGGGCCUCAGCCAACAGACGAAAGGUGGGUAAUGAGGUAAAAUGGAACAUUUUAAUGUACAUCAAACUAUCUACUAUAACUGGUUUCUCCUGGGUAUUUGGCUUUCUACAAAUGGUUGACAAAAGCAGUCAGGUUUUCACGUAUCUGUUUAUUAUUUUGACUGGCGCUCAAGGUGUGCUCAUCUUUAUGGCUUUCAUGGCAAACAAACGCACUUUCCUUCUCGUUAAAAAUGCUUGUCGAAAACAAAAGAAGGGUAGCAUAUAUUCUACAUCGUCGUCUGCAAUUGACACACAGCGUCGUGUCUCAUCUGAGGAGAAGGACAUAAAUAAGGUGUAGAGACUAAAUAUCAAACUUAUGUGUUAUCCAAACUCAACCAAGUAUAAAACAUACUCGUUAAGUUCACAUGGAAAUAAUACCCAACUCCUCGAAUGCGGCAACAAAUGUGAAGAGGACGCCAACCACGAAUCGAGAACAAGAAAAUGUUAUUUGAACGACAGGUAAAAUGAACAUGUUACGGCUUUAGAGAAAGGUGUACCCAAGCUUUGGGUGACAUUUAGCAUGCCCACAAGUUCAUAGAUGUUAUGGUAUCGCGAGCAUCUGGCGUCGUCACUGAUUUUCAGUGAUAUAUGUUCACCGCUAUAUUUUUUUCUAUUCCGGCGGAUAAUCGAGACUGGUUACAAUUGUCUGACGUUGACGUUCUGUAAUUCACAGAAUAUCCCAUGGUGGCGUUUCACUUAAUUUAAACUUACUUGUUAAUACGGUUGUUGUAAGGGACCGACAUUUGCCACACUACUUACAUUCAGGCUCAUAGAUUUAAGCAUGUCCAUGGAGAACGAGUUCGUAGAUAUUGUGGCUUCUUUUAUAGAUUACCUUAUUGUAGCGUUUCACGUAGUUAACUUACUUGUUAAUACGGUGUCGUAAACAUGUCAUCCUGUAUGUACAUUCGGUACCAUGAACAUCAUUUACAUAAUGUAACCAAUUGAUUGUCAGUUUUCAGACAUUAGCAAUAUGUAUAUGUAGCGACUAUUAAGUGAAUUAGCUUUUCGCGUGAGUUGAUCUGCUGUAUAUAACUGCAACCGUGUUGGUAUAUAUCUGUUGUUUUAUAUCUUCCUGGCCAUUCACGGGG